AUGAUCGGCAUAUAUGCAAAUCAAGCAAGGCUAUAUCUCGAGAUGGCAGCGGAGCCUCUCUCCAAUGGCGCCGCCCACCAGUCAGUGCCUGGACGCUACAUACUCCCCGUGCACCAGAGGCCGUCUUAUUCCGGGAAUGGCAAGGUGGCGCCGCCGAUGCUGCCUGUAGUUGAUCUCGGCGGAGACGAUGACGGCAGGAUCGCCGAGGAGAUCAUCCGCGCGGGGCGGGAGUUCGGUUUCUUCCAGGUGGUCAACCACGGCGUGCCGGAGGAGGUAAUGGGCGCCAUGAUGCGCGCGGCCGAGGAGUUCUUUGGACUGCCGGCGGAUGAGAAGAUGGCGUACUACUCGACCGACGGCAAGCAGCUCCCGCGGUUCCACACGAGCGUCCGGAACGGCGCCGGCGAGGAGUUCCUGUACUGGCGGGACUGCCUCAAGCUCGGCUGCCACCCGCCGGAGUGGCCGGACAACCCGCGCGGGCUCGGGGCGGCGCUGGAGCCGUACACGGCGGCCGUGAUGGCAGCGGCGCGGCGCGUUCUGCGCCUCGCCGCCGUCGGGCUGGGGCUCUGCGAGGAGCACUUCGAGGGGCCGCUCAGCGGCGGCGCGAUGAUGAACGUGAACCACUACCCGCCGUGCCCGGACCCGAGCCUCACCCUCGGCAUCGCGCCGCACUGCGACCCCGGCCUCGUCACCGUGCUCAUGGAGAACGUCGGCGGUGGCCUGCAGAUGCUGCUCCACGACGACGGCGACGCAGGCGGCGGAGGAACGAUGUGGGUGGACGUGGACGCCGCGCCGGGGGGGCUGGUCCUCAAUUUUGGGCAUCAGAUGGAGGUGGUCAGCAACGGGCGCCUGCGCAGUGGCGAGCACCGCGUCGUCACCGGCGCGCGCGUCGCGCGGACCUCGCUGGCCUCGUUCGUGUGGCCCGAGCUUUGGUGCACCGUCGCGCCGGCGCAGGAGCUGGUACUGGCCCCAGGCAAGGGGCCUCUGUACAGGCCCUACUCCUACGGCGAAUUUCUCGGUGUGUACGUCGCCGAGGCUGGGGACAGGGACGCCAUCAUGGCGCAUUUCAAGCACUGA